AUGCCCGCAAGGUCCUCCGCUGUAUCGAGGUUGUGGUACAGAAGACUCUCAAGUUUCAAUCCAACCGCUCGUCCAUAUUUGCGAUCCCCGGUCUUCAUCAAGCCUGUGGCGCCCCCUAAUCCACUUUCAUUCCCCCCGUAUCACUGGGCCCGCUCGUUUUCCCUUUCCUCCUACUUAUCCGUACCCGCCCUCCCUCCAACCAUGUCUCAAAUCGAGCGCAUCACAGAAUACCUGGAGAAGCCAGAACUAGAUGAUCGCUCCUAUCGAGUAAUCCGGCUUCCAAAUAAGCUGGAAGCUCUUCUGGUGCAUGACCCUGAUACCGAUAAGGCGAGUGCCGCGGUCAACGUCAAUGUUGGCAACUUCUCCGAUGAAGAUGAUAUGCCAGGAAUGGCCCACGCGGUCGAGCAUCUUCUUUUCAUGGGUACAAAAAAGUACCCCAAGGAGAACGCUUACAACCAAUACCUUGCCUCUCACUCCGGUUCCUCGAACGCAUACACCGCUGCUACUGAGACAAACUAUUUCUUUGAGGUCUCCGCUACUGGGGACUCGACCGAGCCCAAGUCUACAGGACAGAACACACCGACUGAAUCAGCCAAUGGAACAAAUGGCACAGUCAGUGAGACUUCAUCUACUUCGAAUGGGGACCUGACUGGCAAGUCUCCCCUGUAUGGAGCUUUGGAUCGAUUUGCGCAGUUCUUCGUCGCCCCACUCUUCCUCGAGUCCACAUUAGAUCGUGAACUGCGGGCGGUGGACUCAGAGAAUAAGAAGAAUCUUCAGAGUGAUCUGUGGCGCUUGAUGCAACUGAACAAGUCUCUAUCAAACCCCAAACAUCCUUAUCAUCAUUUCUCUACUGGUAACUUGCAGACUCUCAAGGAGGACCCGCAGAAACGCGGUCUGGAGAUCCGUAGCGAGUUCAUUCGAUUCUAUGAGAAACACUAUUCCGCCAAUCGCGCCAAACUGGUUGUACUGGGUCGGGAGAGCUUGGACACUCUCGAGCAAUGGGUGGCUGAGCUGUUCGCGGAUGUUGAGAACAAGGAGCUGGCUCAGAACCGUUGGGACGAUGUGCAACCCUUCUCCGAGGAGGACAUGUGUACUCAGGUUUUCGCCAAGCCCGUCAUGGAUUCACGAUCCAUGGAUAUGUACUUCCCAUUCGUUGAUGAGGAAGACAUGCUUGAUGCUCAGCCUAGUCGGUACAUUAGCCAUCUGAUUGGCCAUGAAGGACCUGGCAGUGUCCUCUCUUUCCUGAAGGCCAAGGGUUGGGCUAAUGGUCUGUCGGCUGGUGCCAUGCCUAUCUGUCCUGGCUCUGCCUUUUUCACUAUCUCUGUGCGUCUGACACCGGAGGGAUUGAACCAAUACCAGGCGGUCGCCAAGGUUAUUUUCGAAUAUAUCUCUAUGAUCAAGGAGCGUGAGCCGGAGCAGUGGAUCUUUGACGAAAUGAAGAACCUGGCAGAGGUGGACUUCCGAUUCAAGCAGAAGACACCUGCCAGUCGCUUCACAAGCCGUCUGAGCAGCGUUAUGCAGAAGUCUUUGCCCCGCGAAUGGUUGCUCAGCGGAUCUCUGCUGCGCCGAUUCGACGCCGACUUGAUUAAGAAUGCCAUGUCAUACCUGCGGGCUGAUAACUUCCGGUUGAUCAUUGUGUCUCAGGAAUUCCCGGGACAAUGGGACCAGAAGGAGAAGUGGUAUGGCACUGAGUACAAGGUGGAGAAGAUCCCCAAGGACUUCCUGGCUGGCAUCCAGAGUGCUCUGGACUCUACCGAGGCCACUCGCACUUCUGACGUGCACAUGCCUCACCGCAACGAGUUCGUGCCAACCCGACUUUCAGUAGAAAAGAAGGAGGUUGCUGAGCCUGCUAAGACACCCAAGCUUAUUCGCCAUGAUGAGCGUGUGCGCUUAUGGUUUAAGAAGGAUGAUCGCUUCUGGGUGCCUAAGGGGACUGUUCAUGUGACUCUGCGCAAUCCGCUGGUGUGGGCAACCCCAGCUAACUUGAUCAAGACCAAGCUCUACUGUGAGCUUGUGCGCGAUUCUCUGGAUGAGUACUCGUACGAUGCCGAGCUUGCGGGCUUGGACUACCAUCUGGCUGCUAACAUCCUGGGUCUGGAUGUUUCUGUUGGUGGCUACAAUGACAAGAUGUCUGUCCUUUUGGACAAGGUGUUGACUACUAUGCGCGACCUAGUUGUUAACCAGGAGCGGUUCAAUAUCAUCAAGGAGCGACUCACCCGGGCGUUCCGCAAUGCUGAAUACCAGCAGCCCUUCUACCAGGUCGGUGACUACACUCGCUAUCUGCUUUCUGAGCGUAGCUGGGUCAACGAGCAGUACAUUGAGGAAUUGGAGCACAUCCAAGCUGAGGACAUCAUCACUUUCUUCCCUCAGUUGUUGGAGCAAACCCACAUCGAGGUCUUGGCACACGGUAACCUGUACAAGGAGGAUGCGCUCCGUAUGACUGACUCCGUGGAGAAGAUUCUCCAGGGUCGUCCUUUGCCUCCAUCGCAGUGGUACCUGCGUCGUAACAUGGUACUGGCCCCUGGUAGCAACUUCGUCUACCCCCGUACCUUGAAGGACCCUGCAAAUGUCAACCACUGUAUUGAGUACUAUCUGUACAUUGGUCUUUUCUCGGACGACCUCAUUCGAGCCAAGCUGCAGCUCUUCUCCCAGCUGACCGAUGAGCCUGCCUUUGACCAGCUCCGUAGCAAGGAGCAACUUGGUUAUGUUGUCUGGAGUGGUUCGCGCUACAAUGCGACUACCAUGGGCUACCGUGUUAUCAUCCAGAGUGAGCGCACUGCCAAGUACCUGGAGUCCCGUAUCGAGACCUUCCUGCGCGAGUUUGGCCCGAAAUUGGAGAACAUGCCUGAUGAGGAGUUCGAAGGACACAAGCGCAGUGUCAUCAACAAGCGACUGGAGAAGCUUAAGAACCUGGGUUCCGAGACUGGUCGAUACUGGUCUCACGUUGGAUCGGAGUACUUCGAUUUCCUGCAACAUGAGACUGAUGCAGCCAAUGUGCGAACACUGACCAAGGCGGAUUUGAUUGCUUUCUACCAUCAAUACAUUUCUCCUGAAUCGACCACUCGUGCGAAGUUAUCUAUUCACCUGAAUGCCCAGGGUGGUUCCCCAGCUAGCGACACUACCGCGAAUGAUAAGCGGACUCGUGUCAUUGAGAUGGUGAACAAGCAAGUGACAGCAGCUGGGUUCGCUGUUGACAGUGUUCGCCUCGCAACUGCAUUUGAGGAACUUGAUAUGUCCCUGGUCGACGGCCCACAGAUCGUGUACAUUGUCAAGACCUUCUUGGCUACUGAAAUGAGUCUGUCACAGGAGCAGAUCACUCCUGUUAUUGAGAAGCUGGAUCAGGAUAUUGGUAUUGAGCUGAAGCAGCUUGGACUCGAGCCAGCGGUCAAUGGAAAGACUGAUAGAACUCCUGCUCCUCAGAAGGCUAUUGUCAUCAGUGAUGUGCCAACCUUCAAGGCUCGUCUACCUGUUAGCGCCGGACCUGUGGCUGUUUCUGAUCUUACUCAGUUUGAGGAUUUUGAUGCAAAGCUGUAA